AUGAGUGUCAGCUUGGACACAACAGAGUCCAACUAUCCUCCUGAGACGGAUAGUAGUGGUACCGUCACAUCAUACAUGCCACUCACCUCAGUAUGGACGGCUUCCUCGGGGUGCGAAAGCAAGUUUCGCCUUGAUGGGCCUAGUCUCAUGGCCUGGGAUCCUGGGUAUAUGCUUGACAUAGAUACCAAUGCUCGAUGCUGUCCUCCCCAGAUGGUGACUCAAUGGGAACAGAAUUUGCUUGGGGUUGGAGGACAAUAUCAUACGCAGAUGGACAUUGGACCAUUUACUGGGCCGCUAUCAUGGCCGACGGUCGCGUCGUCGAUUAAGAACGAAUACAGCACGCUAUGGAUGUGUUGUCCUUCAGGCUACUUUCUGUCUCAGGGAACAGUCGGACAAGUGACCGGAAGAUGUCUCUCAAGCGUCUAUUCCGGGCAGACUUUGACAUACGGAUCAACGCCAUUAAGCGACCAUACAGCGUGGUCUAUAGCAACAACGACAUUGACAACAGAUUCGACCGUGGGAGCGAUUGAUAUAGUUGGUUGGGAGAUCAAGUAUCCCGUGACGGCCACUGCAACAGCGACAUCUACGUCAACCGCAUCCACCUCCUCAUCCACUCUAACUUCCCUUCCAUCAACAACCGAGGACAAUAAUGCAGCAUCUGAUGAUGCGCUGAGCACUGGUGCAAAAGCCGGAAUUGGCAUUGGUGUCGGUGUGGGUGCCGUUGGCAUUAUUGCUUUGAUUCUCGCUUUGUUCCUUUUUAAUCAACGAAAGCGACUCGCCAUAAGCAGUCAACAGCCGGUCGCUGUAUAUGGAUACUAUCCACCUGUCGCAAGAAAUGCAAAACCAGCAGAAUUGCCAGGAUAUAGGAGUAUGCCUGGUGAUGCUUGGGCCUCAUCACCUGUGGAGAUGGGGGAGAGGUAA